AUGUAUAAAACUAUUGCAGACACCAUCGAAGACGGAAAAUGUAAUUUCGACUACCUGUACCUUAUCCCGUUAAUAUUCCAUACUGUCGAUAUAUUGGUAACAGUUUUCAUUCCAGUAGUAUACCGCGAUUCGAAUACGUUCAAUACCCUUCAGAUCACUGUAUCCAAUGUGUCAUUGCUGCAAGUGCUGGUACUAUUGUUUUCUCCUGCCUUCGCUGCUGGCCUGCUAAAGAAACAAGCAACGAAACUGAGUCUGGUGUUGCAUGAUAAACUCCUCACAGGGAAAGAUAAUAGGCAAUCGAGAGAAAUCAAGAAAUUCAUCCGAUACAUUGAGGCUCGCCCGUUGAAAUUCACCAUCUGCGAAGUCAUACCACUCGACUGGAAACUGCCUGUCAUCAUCUUGAACCUCUGUAUCACCUACCUGAUCGUUAUGUUACAAUUAAGUCAUAUUUAUUAAAGUUUCC